AUGUCAAGCAAAUACUCUUUGAAGAUCAAGAACCAUGUGGACAGAGACCAGAGCGACGGGACGCGCCCAUCCUAUGCGAAAACGACCGACACUGAGGGGUGGCACCUGGUGGUAACAGAAGAUUUAGGGCGCAUGAGGUGGAUCUAUGUGAAUGACGAAGAGGAGCGCAAGGCUCGACCUCAAGAUGCGACGACAAAGUUCUUUCUUCAUCUUCCAACGGGGAAAUACAGGGCAUUCCCGAGUCAGACGUGGAAGAGCGGAAUGAUUGCCCACCUUGCCAUCGCCCGAGUUGACGCGGAGCCUGGUCCUUUACCGUCCGUUACCAUGACGAGUCUCAGACAAACGAGCAAGGAGAAUCUUCGUCUGGCCGUGGACAACCUUCUCAUGAUCCAGAAUGCUAGCGGGGGGUAUAGCAGCUUCGAGCCCAUUGGCGCCGGCGCAUGGUUGGAGCAUCUCAACGGCACCGAAAUGUUUGGCCAGGUGAUGACGGAGCAUGAUUACGUCGAAUAUACCUCCUCGUGCAUCACAGCCUUGGAGCUCUUUCGGGCUCGAAAUGACGAUUAUCGAUCCCAGGAGGUUGAUACCGCUACUGAGCGGGGGGUAAAAUUCGUGGAGAGCAGCCAGAAGGAGGAUGGGAGCUGGAUAGCUUCUUGGGGGUUAACGUUCACGUAUGGUGCUUUCUUCGCAAUGGAAGCCUUGCACUGCGGUGGACGGAACUAUGAGAACUCGUCUGUGGUCAGAGAGGGUUGUCGCUUCCUGCUUGAUAUGCAGGAGUCGGACGGAGGAUGGGGAGAGACGUUAGAUUCCCGUUUGACUGGUUCAUAUGUCCGAGCGCCCAGGUCGCACACAGUCCAGACAGCAUGGUCUUGCCUCGCGCUGACUCAUAUCACAUACUACUACUAUAUCUAUUCGUUUCCACUCCGUGCCAUGGCGACGUAUGAGAAGAUCUAUGGGGAGGGCUCGUUAUUGUAG